AUGGCAGCAGAAUUCGACGAUGUCCUCAUGAACCAGCCCGUCGUCAUCGACAAUGGCUCGGGCACGAUCAAGGCCGGCUUUGCGGGUCAAGAGCAGCCGACAUGCUAUAUCCCGAGCUUCGUCGGGCGGCCCAAGCACCCGCGCGUGAUGGCCGGCGCGAUCCAGGACACGCAUUUUAUUGGGAAACGCGCGCAGGAGUUGCGCGGCCUCCUCAAGAUCAAGUAUCCCAUCGAACACGGCGUCGUUACAGACUGGGACGACAUGGAACGUAUUUGGAACUGGGUGUAUACCGAAGGACUGAGUGCUCUGUCCGAGGAACACCCAGUGUUGUUGACAGAGGCCCCGCUGAAUCCGCGGCAGAAUCGCGAUACGGCAGCCCAGAUCUUCUUCGAGACGUUCAAUGUUCCUGCAUUCUUCACUUCCAUUCAGGCCAUCCUGAGUUUGUAUUCGACGGGACGAACGACGGGUAUCGUGCUCGAUUCGGGAGAUGGUGUGACCCACGCAGUGCCAGUCUUUGAGGGGUUUGCCCUGCCACACGCUAUUCAGCGGAUAGACCUCGCUGGACGCGACGUCACCGACCACCUCCAGCUCUUGCUCCGUAAGGCUGGGCAUUAUCUCCACACGUCGGCGGAGAAGGAGGUCGUCCGGACUAUCAAGGAGCGGACGUGUUACCUCUCACUCAACCCUAUCAAGGAGGAGAAGGACAACGGCGGCGCGUGGGAGGAGUUCCGUCUCCCAGACGGCAAAGUUAUCCAGCUUGGCUCGGAGCGCUUUCUCGCCCCAGAGAUCCUGUUCAACCCAGACCUCGUUGGGGAGGAGUAUCCAGGCGUGCACCAGGUCAUUGUCGACUCGAUCAAUCGCGCAGACCUCGACCUGCGCAAGUCGCUGUUUGCCAACAUUGUGCUCUCGGGCGGCUCGACGUUGUGCACCGGUUUCGGCGACCGCCUGCUGCACGAGGUCAAGAAGCUCUCGCUCAAGGACGUCAAGCUCAAGAUAUACGCGCCUCCCGAGCGCAAGUAUUCUACGUGGAUAGGAGGCUCGAUCUUGGCCGGCUUGUCGAGCGCCCGCAAGAUCUUUAUCACAGCCGACGAGUACAAGGAGGACCCAGACAUCAUCCACAAGAAGGGCUUUUAG